AUGGUGCGCGUGUUCCUGGCCCUCAACGGUUCCUUGGCCGUGGCGGCUCAGAUGGCAGUGACCUUGGCCACCAGAGUAUCCUUCGUGAACGACUGCAACUACGACAUCAACUUGUAUGAUAACAGCGUGGCCGAGACCAUCGCGGCGGGAGGCUCUAUGUCUCGCGACCUGGCCGACGGCUUCAGUGGAAUGUUCCGCAACGGCAUGAGCACCGAAGCUACGCUGGCCCAAUUCGCCAUCAGCGGCGGCAAAACCUGGUACGCUAUCAGUACCGUGCCUCCUGGAGCAGGUAGUUGCACCAGCUACGCCGAAUGCGCCGCCACUUCGGGCAAGACCGGCUACAACGUGGCCAUGACCAUUACCCCCGAUGUCGGCACCACUGCCGUGAAUGCAGAGUGCACAGCCGUCACCUGUGAAAGCCCCGACUGCGAGGGUGCCUACCUGUAUCCGUCAGACGACACCAAGUUGCACAGUUGUCCUGAUACCCUCGCGAUGAAAGUGACCUUCUGCCCAGGCGGUUCGUCCUCGACAACGACGCCGACGAGCUCCACCGACACCGUUGCUCCAGAUACCCCCAUUGUUACGUCUACGCCUUCAGAGACCCCCGCUGACACACCCACACCUGCGGCUACGACGGCAACGGUUGCCUCGGCAGGAGAAUCAUCAUCCUCGGCUUCGACAACCAGUACCGAUACCUCAACAACGACUACGGCAACCACGCCCGGCUCUAAGGGGAGUCUCUCAAGCGCUACCAUUCGCUCGAGCUUUGAGUACAGAGGCACGACUGCCGGGUCAGCCACUGGUACCUACGGCAAAGUGACAGAUAUGUCCUCGUGCACGACCGAGGACGUUUCAGUCAGCGACCCAAUCGGCCCAAUGAGCGAGGAAGUAUCCAUGGUCUUCCGUGGCCCUAUGAACAUUUACAACAUCGCCGUGUUCUCCGGGUCACCCGGUAACGACUGGACCAAGGUGUCGUCGUACGAUGCCAGCGCCGGUACGCAGGACAACAUGAUCUUCAUGAGCAACCUCAACAUUGAUUACACCGGUGCCAACUCGAGUCCUCAGGGGUACGCGACUGCCGACGGUAAGGCUACGGCAAGCGCAUCGACCAUUUUCGGUGGUUGGCUAGCGGAUGCCACCGAUCCGUCAGUGGUUGGCGGUGGACCGUGUGUAUCCACCGGUUGUGAGGUGAACAUCAUGACGGCGACCAACUGCGCCGACAAACACGGCUGCAUUGGAUACUACGAUGACAUGGGUUUCCAUGGCUGGGAUGGCGGCAUGAAGAUGUUCGUGACCAAAGUACAGAUGUCUUCGAGCUCGGCAGCCAACCUACCCGCUAUUUGGAUGUUGAACGCUCAGGUUGUGCGCGCGAAUCAGUACGGCUGCAACUGCCGUGGCUGGGGCGCUCACGGUGGUUGUGGUGAGCUUGAUGUCUCUGAGGUAAUUGAGACCAACACGGACAAGGAUAAGGUGUCCACUCACUAUUAUUUCUACGACGGUAGCGUGUCUCCCGGUGGUGACAACUACGCCACGCGCCCAACUGAUACUCCUGUGACGUACGUGACCAUCUUCGACAACUCGGGUGAGGGCAUUGUGAAGAUCAUCGAGAUUGGCUGCGAUGAUUUUGACUUUUCCGUGGAUUCUGUGUCGGCCGAUACGGUAUCGGCAUGGCUGUCCGCCCCGGUGAAGAACCUGCUGAGCUAGUUUUUUUUUUAAGUGGAACGAUGAGACUUGGUCGCAUUGAAUGCUGUAAUCGUGUGGCAGGAUCAGCAGAAAUGCCAGAUAGCUGGCGUUCCACUGGAGUUGACACGAAAACAGUGCUCCCUGAUGAAGAUUUAGCCUAUACAAUUGCAUUGCCCCCAAACAAUAUACUGUGCUUUCAACUAUUC